AUGGCGCUGGAGUGUGCCGGAAUGGCACAGAUUCUGAAGGUACUCGCCAGCCAGAAGUUUGGCGCCAUCACGCCGCUGCAGCAUCUACAUCAGCUGAACCCCGAGAUUGAGCAGCCCAGCCGCGACGACGCGGGACUCUUUGCCAGUGAGGUCAUCACCAUUGAAGGGCUGAGCUCGUAUUGUGGCACGACGGCGAAAG